AGUGAGCACUCUUCCGCGGGACAAAAUUUAAACGACAAGCGAAGUCCUUGAGGGGAAAAAGAAAAAAGAAAAAAAGAUGUCUCCGCUGUUUAAAUCUUUGACACUGUUGAGCAGGAGAGUAGCUGUGGCGGCGGGUGUGCGGCACCAUUCGUCUCUUAUAACUGAGCUGAUGGAAAACAUGGAUAAGAAAGCAACCUGGGACCGCUUCUACGCCGAGAACCGCAGCCGCGCAUCCACCUUUAAAAACUUUGAGUGGUUCUUUGGCUUUGACUCUGUGCGGGACUUCGUUAUGCCCCCCUUGCAGCAGCAGCAGCAGCAGUCUCAUCCAGAUGCCCUGCUCCAGGUCCUGGAUAUGGGCUGUGGCACUUCGGCAUUGGGGCCCUCUAUUUACAGACACUCCCCUCACCCGGUGCGGGUCACUUGUGCUGACAUUUCCCCCGUAGCCGUGCGACUGAUGCAGGAGCACGUUCAAGCCAAAGCUAUUAAGCCUCACAGUGCUUCCUCUCGGCUCGAGUUUGUGGAGCUGGACUGCACUCACCUUCACGAGCACUUUGGUCCUAGCAGCGUGGACCUGAUAGUCGACAAGGGCACAAUGGACGCCUUGUUGAGGUCUAAGGGAGGGAAGGGGAAGGCCGGCCUGGUGUUGAGGCAGUGUCUGAAGGUGCUGCGGAGCUCGGGAACCCUGCUCCAGUUCUCCGAUGAGGACCCCGAUGCCAGGCUGCUGUGGCUGGAGACUGAAGCCCAGGAGCAGGGGGUCAUGGCGGCAGAGGUUGGGGUGCAGGAGGUCGGGGAGUUAAGGGGAGUGUGUUACUACUGCUACCAAGUGACUCCGCGCUGUAUUAUACAGCAGUAACAAUUCAUAAAGUCAAACCAAUAAAUUAUUCGAAAAAUUAUUGUAAAAAGAAAAAAAAUG